AUGUCCGACAAAGCAGCCAUUCAUUCCCCAAACCAGCGAUUUUCGCGGUCGGAAUACAUCGUAGACAUGAGUGACGCCGCUGACUUCGUGCAAACACGCAUCGACAAGGUGCAGCUGGAAGGCCUGGUGGUCCUCCAAAUCAUCAAGCAUUGCCAUGAAAGCUUGCCGCGAUCUGUGGCCGGUUCGCUCUUGGGCCUCGAAGCCGAUGAUACCCUCGAAGUGACCAACUGCUUCCCUUCGCCCGCCGUCCAAGCCCAACCGUCGAACAUGCCAUCGUCCCCGACCUCGAAGGACAAGAACCUUCAGUACUCGACCGCCAGCGACGAGUAUCAAAUUGACAUGAUGAAGAACUUGCGCGAAGUGAACAUGGACAACAACAAGGUCGGGUGGUACCAAAGCGCCCUGAACAGCACGUUUUCGACCACUGCCACGAUCGAGUACCAAUUCCAGUACCAGCGGAACCUCGGUCAGAACGCGAUAUGCAUCGUGUACGACCCCGUAGAAACCACCAAGGGAACGCUCGCGAUCAAGGCGUUCCGCCUCACGAGCGCGUUCUUCGACCAGUACAAGUCGCAAGUGUUUACAAAGGAAGCGUUCGCCAAGGCCGACAUCCGAUCGGCCAACUUGCUCGAGGAAAUCCCCAUCCACAUCAACAACUCGGACCUCGUACACGUGUACUUGGCCGACUUGCACGCGCAAAAGCUCACGGACUCGGAGUUCGACCGGCUCGACCUGGCCACGAACGGGUACUUUGAGAGCAGCCUGCAAAACCUGAGUGCGUGGGCGGAUGAGCUGGCCCAAGAACACUACAAAUUCCAGGGCUACGAACGUGCGGUGGCCAAGCAGCGCGCGCAGCACCAGCAGCUGGUGCAGAAGCGACGGGACGAGAACAAAGUCCGCCGCGACAACGGCGAAGACGUGCUGGCAGAGGAAGACCCGAACAGCUUGUUGAAGUCGUUGAGCCAGCCGAGCCGCUUGGAGUCGCUGCUCAUCACGAAGCAAAUGAACACGUACUGCGAAAACAUCAACCGAUACGCCGGCAAGAGCUUGAAUAAAUUAUUUCUCGCUGGCAACCUGCACAAGGAAUAAGCAGAGGGUGUGUCGUCGUGGCAGCCUUCGCGGAGUGUAGCAUAGACAUAUGUACUCAACCCUCGCGUUAAUACGUUAACACUGUUUUCAUGCAUCCACCGAGUGGCUAGUGUAGUUGUUGUCUGACGACGGUGGAACAGCACUCAAAGCGUCCAGGCCGCG